AUGUGUGACGGCGCGGCGCGUACGGUCUACGCCGACGGUUGUGGCCUAAACCGAGACGCCGCCGCGGUCGCCGAGCCCGAGUGGUAGUCGUAGUACCGGUGUGCACGCGACCGCACGCACCCAAACGCGCGUUGGGGCCGGCCGUGAUAGGGUUCGCGCGCGCUUUAUACACCGACGACGACCGGGCGGGCGGCGUUCGUCAUCACAGUUGUGUUGUUGUUGUUUUACAUUUUAUUUUUCCACUUUUUAGUUGGCACCUACAGCAAUAUCGUUUUAGUUCAUCACCAUCGUAUAUGGUCCGCGUGAAACGAACCGGUCGUGUCGUAGCUCGUUCUUCCACUAAAUGACAUCAAACAUCGUACUGCCCGGCGGACGCGAUGAGAACGUCACAGUCGACGAAAAUAAAACCAUCUGUUAUAGUUUUACGUUCUUUAUCAGCUGAGAAUGUAUGCCACGUGGAAUUUAAUACGAGAUCUUUGAGAGAACACGAUCACCACCGAUCGUCAGUACCCUGCAACGAUGAAUCGGGAACUAGCGAUUUGGUCCGACGCCGGCCACUGUCGAAGUCUGAUUUCGACCUCAGUUAUCCUGAGGACUUGGACUAUUUGUGUAAGAAGUUCGCGGCAGCGGAACGGCGGCAUGUCACGAUGGAAAGCUUCGCAUCGUCAUCAUCGCCGAGCACUCCAGGUGCCGGUCAAGGGUGCUGUCCAUCUGCAAUCAAUUCGUCUUCCUGUGCCAGCGUUACCGCUCAGUCCACUAUACAAAGUAUCAAUGUGGUGCAAAAGACCCAUUCCUUUUUUAAUUCCUUGAAGGAGAAAUGGGCUAAAGGGAGAAAUAAAACACGAGGCUCUGACACUGAUGAGUCACCCUCUGAAUCUCCUAUACUAGCAAGACUAGUCCGUCCAGAUACAUUACAACAAACUAAGACUUCAGACUCAAAAAAUACUCAAAAUUCAAUUACUAGUGAAUUUGGAUUGACUCAGAAUUGGUUCCAAAAAGUUGUUUCACGUGAUCAUCAAAUUCGGCUCCGGAGACAAAAUUCAAUAAGAUCUGAACAACAAAUCGAUAUAAUUACACCAGAAGGUCAAAAUCCAAUUCUAAAUGAAGCUUUGCUCAGAAAAUAUGAUUUUUUUCAACUCAAAAUACAUUUAAAAAAAGGAAAAGAUCUCAUUGCUCGAGAUAAAAAUGGUCUCAGUGAUCCCUAUGUGAAGUUUAAGAUAGGUGGAAGACAGAUUCACAAAUCAAAAAUUGUGUAUAAAAGUCUAAACCCAAAUUGGGACGAAACGGUUACACACUUACUAGAUGAUCCCUUUGAACCUGUUCAAAUAAAGGUUUUUGAUUACGAUUGGGGUCUUCAAGAUGACUUUAUGGGUGCAGCGCAGAUCGCUUUGACGGCCUUAGAAUUGGGCAAACAGCACGAGUUAUGUUUACAAUUACGAGAUACACAAAAUGCUGAAUACCUCGGUGAGAUUUAUCUAGAUGUAACUUUAACACCUCAAUCUCGAGAAGAACGCGAACAGAGUCUUCAAAAAACAGGAAAAAUAACGGAAAUAGGGAGAAAAUACAAAUGUCAAGUUUGGAGUUCAGUGGUAACUAUUGUUUUAAUAAAAAUAAAGAACUGUACAAUAGCUGAAGGUUUGUGUGACCCUUACGUUCGUUUCAGAUUGGGAGGAGAAAAAUUCAAGAGCAAAGGUAGUAAUCGAAUGCCAACGCCUACUUGGCUGGAACAAUUCGAUUUGCAUUUGUUUGAUGACCAGACUCAAGAUUUAGAAAUAAACGUAUGUGCGAAAGAACGUUCACGUGAAGAAAUAGUAGCAAGCACUGUCUUGGACCUUAGUAAAUUGGAGCGGGAAAAGACGCACAAAAUCAAGUACAAACUCAACAUUGGAGGCAGCGGUGGCAUUGGUGACGAUCAUGGCGGUGAUCACCAUCAACAUCGUGACACCACCGGCGGGGGCGUACUUUACCUGUUGCUGACCAUCAGCGGCACUUCAACGAUCGCGAUGGUAUCAGACUUGUCCAACUACGAACGUGAAAUCACCGAACAGGAACACGUCCGACAAAAGUACAUACCCAGACGGACGUUUUGCGAUCUCCUCGACAUCGGAGUGCUAACGGUCCGAGUGUACAAAGCCCAAGGACUGACAUCAGCCGACCUGUGCGGCAAGUCUGACCCGUUCUGCGUGCUCGAGUUGGUCAACGCCCGGCUUCAAACGCACACAGAAUACAAAACACUGUCGCCCACGUGGGACAAGAUAUUCACUUUCAACGUUAAAGAUAUCAACUCUGUUCUCGAAGUGACAGUUUUUGAUGAAGAUCCUGAUUAUAAAGUAGAGUUCCUGGGAAAAGUAGCCAUACCAUUGCUUUCUAUUAAUAAUGGUGUACAAAAAUGGUAUUCUCUUAAGGAUAAAAAGUUAUCUGGCCGAGCAAAAGGAAACGACCCAAAAAUCUUAUUAGAAAUGCGGCUCAUCUGGAACCCGAUACGAGCGUUUAUCAGGACAUUGAAUCCAAAAGAGGAAAAAUAUAUGCAACAAGACAUAAAGUUUAAAAGACAGACACUAAUCAGAAAUGUCAUGAGGCUCAAACAGCUCGUUUUAUGGGCUAUAGAUAUUGGAAAAUAUUUUGAGUACUGGGUAGAAUGGGAAUCGCCAUUGCACACUAUUCUAGUAUUAAUUGGAUUCGUGGUGGCUUGUCAAUUUUUUGAACCGUACAUGGCACCUAUUGCUUUAUUAAUGGUGUUCCUCAAAUACUAUGUAGCAUAUUCGUGGGGUGCAUCUAAAUUAAUUGACGAAGAUGACGAACAACAGAUCGAUGAAGACGAUCAACAAGAUGAUCAACAGGACGACCAAGACGACGAAAAAGCAAAGGAAGAAAAAAAGUCUCUGAAAGAACGAGUAGCCGCUGUACAAGAAGUCACGCAAUUAGUUCAAAACACAAUCGGAGAUAUAGCUUCGUUUGGUGAAAAAAUUAAAAACCUUUUAAACUUUUCCGUACCAUUUUUAUCGUACUUGGCCAUCGUGUUACUGAUAGCGGUAACCAUAGUAUUGUAUUAUAUUCCAAUAAGAUAUCUGAUUAUGGGUUGGGGAAUCAAUAAGUUUACCAGGAAAAUACUUCGUCCACAUACAAUUCCAAACAACGAACUUUUGGAUUUACUUUCUAGGGUACCUGACAACGAAGAAAAGCGUCAUUACAAGGAAGUUAAAUAUAAGCCAAUAGAAAAUAUAAAAUGGUUUCAAAUGGGGUAGGUGAAUUUUUUUGUAUAAUUAAUGACAAGAUAUACUACAAAGAGCUAACAACUAUCGAUAGUGUAGACGCUGGUGAUAAAUCAAAUAAGGAUUCAAGAAGAAAACAGAAGCUGUGAUUAUUUUUUACAAUUUUGCAAGGUAUUCAUUUUGGUUGUUCUUAUAUUAACUAAAUUUAUAAUGUUAUACAUUAUCACAAUCUUAUUAUUAUUAUUACCUAUUGAUUAUAUGAAAACUUUUUAAUCUGAUUUCAUCGAUUCAAACUCAAUUCCUUUUUUUUAAAUAAUUGUGUGAUAUUUAGAUUUGUUAAUUUUACUUAAAAAAUUGGGCUUAUAUUUUAAACACUUUUAAUAAGUUUUCCUUCCUUCAUUUUUAUCUAUAUUUUUAAGCGAUUCUGUAUUGUAUAAAGUUUGAACUUUUUUAAGCUUACUUAUUGUCUUUUUAUUGGUUUGGUCUUAUCUUACCCAAAUCAUUUUAAAAAUAUGUAAUAACUGUUUUAAUCUUAUAUUGUUUAAUUAUUAUGUACUAUUACUUACUUCUAAAUUUUAUUCGAUACUGUUCGACGUAUUU